GACUCGAGUACGGGAUUUGACAUCUUUCUACAUGUUUCUAUCUCGUAUGUGUGUUUAAGGUACUCAUAACACAGGAGACAAUUUUAGCUGGAGCUGUCAAAGUACAUACAUCGUUUCUUAUAUCAUUGAGAAUACCGCUCGUUGCCUUCGUGUGGUCCAAUAUGUAAACCUUAAAAUUGUAUAUUGUCAUUCAGCCAAUCCUAAGCUUCUGGUCUCUGGUUAGAAAAUGCUCGAUGACACCAUAGUUUGGGCAAGCAAGUACCUCAGGGUAUUCAAUGGCAAUUUAAAGUGUGCUCUUUAAUUGGGCCAACCAAAGCAACACUGAGGAAAAAGUUUUGAUUACAGAAAACUAAAAAAAUAUUAUUAGCGGUAGAUUUCGUUCUUGCUAUUCGGGAUUUGGUCUUGACUCGAAUGUUGUGAUCUCAGGUCUGUAGCUUGGUAGGGAGCAGCCAUCAAUAUAUACACACAGCAUCAGGUAUGGUUUUUGAAAACCGAUUAAAACAUCAAAACCGUGCAACCUAAAUAAUUUAUGUAGACUCCGAUAAAACCAGCCUUCUGUACUAAUCCAACCCUUUUUCGUCAACAGGUCAACUGAUAGAAUUAACAAACGGGAAACAGUUUUACAUGUUAAAUGGCUAUACAUUUUACAAGAAAAAUCGCCUACAGAAAACCAACGCGGUCAACUGAUAGAAUUAACAAACGGGAAACAGUUUUACAUGUUAAACGGCUACACAUAUUACAAGAAAAAUCGCCUACAGAAAACCAACGCGGUCAACUGAUAGAAUUAACAAACGGGAAACAAUUAUUCAUGCUAAACGGUUACACGUAUUACAAGAAAAACCGCCUACAGAAAGGCCACGCGAUAAGGUGGCCCUGCACAAAGUCUUCGAAAUGCAGCGCUUACUUACAUUUGGACGAAGAUUUGAACCUUCUGUUGGUCUCGUCGACCAAUCAUAGUCAUUAUCCUGACCGAUACCUUAUAACGAACACGGGAAAAUAUAUUAAAGUGUAAUAAUACUUCUUUUUAAAACUCUACUACGUUCUACCCGCAUCUUCGAUCACAUUAUCUAGGAAAAGUGUCAAUAAUGUUUCUAAAGUGUCACGUAAUAUUUUCUAGAGUUAAUAAAAUGUUUUCCCAUGCGAUGAGGUUUUUUUUUCGGUAUUUAAGAUAGCCUAUGUUACUCUCCAGGUCUA